GCCUCCGGAUAAGAACAAAACAGAUAUUUACUGUUUUGCAGUUAGUUUUGAACACUUUUCUCUCUUCUUUUUUAUCCCCCAUUCUUUUCUUCUUUCUAUAUAAACCGCCUUGCUUCUUGCUUGUUCCGCUCAUCUCAUUGCCAUUUGUAAAUACACUUAGGUUUGUUUCCCCAGAGUUAUUUGGUUUUCUCUUCUCUUUCGAAAGGUUGGAUAAGGUUUCCAAAACAAUGAAUCAUGUUCUGCAUUUCAUGUUUGGAAUUUUUGGAAAUGCCACUGCUGCGUUCCUCUUCUUGUCUCCAACGAUUACAUUUUGGAGGGUCAUUAAAAGCAAGUCCACAGAGCAGUUCUCUGGAAUUCCCUACGUGAUGACCUUGCUCAACUGUCUCCUCUCCGCCUGGUAUGGCCUUCCCUUUGUAUCAGAAAACAACAUUCUGGUUGUUACAAUCAAUGGGGCAGGCUCCGGACUUGAGUUCAUUUAUGUGUUGAUCUUCAUCUACCAUGCACCAAAGAAGGAGAAGAUUAAAGUCCUUGCGCUCUUCGGUUUUGUACUCGCUGUUUUCUCUGCUGUGGCCCUGGUCUCUGUCUUGGCCCUGCAUGGUACCGGCAGAAAGGUCUUUUGCGGCGUUGUUGCUGCCGUUUUCUCUGUUGCCAUGUAUGCCUCACCUCUUUCAAUCAUGAGACUGGUGAUCAAAACUAAGAGCGUGGAGUUCAUGCCAUUCUUCUUGUCACUAUUUGUAUUCCUCUGUGGUACAUCAUGGUUUGUUUAUGGUAUUCUUGGUCGUGAUGCUUUUAUUGCUGUCCCGAAUGGUUUUGGGUGUACCCUGGGGACUAUGCAGCUCAUUCUUUACUCCAUCUACCACAAGAACAAGGGCUCUAAAGAAACAAAGAAGCCAACUGCAAACGGAACCGUUGAGAUGGGACCUGAGAAACCACCCCACCAAGAGAAGCAAGAAAAUAGCCAAGUCCCUCAAGAUGAACAAGUUUGAUUGGCCUGAACCGCCCCCCACAAUGUUCAAAGUCUUUGUUUCAAAUUUCACUUUCUUAGAUUUUCCCUUCCUUUAGUGUUGCACCCUCUAAUGAAAAAGUUAGAGUAGACCGUGAAUGAUUGCAUGAAAACAAGAGGAAAAAAAAAUAAAGGAUUGGUAAAAGUGAGUCCUUUAUGAUGUAUUUCUUUGGCUGGCUGUGGCCUUUGCACUGUCAAAAUUGACAAAUUCCUUGUAAGCGAUGCAACAAAACUUUGAAGCUGCCAAGAAAUACAUGAAUUUGGGAGAGCCCUGCAAUCUCCUUGACGUAACAAUUAGUGUGUUUUUUGUGCUCUAAAA